AUGGCUUUAUCACGUUUUCGGCAAGUAAAAUCAGCCGAUGAAGAGGCCAAUUUGCUGGAAAGUGCCGUGCCAAAGUCCACGCGUUACAAAGAUAGAUGGGCCUAUGAAAUAUUCGAACAGUGGCAGAAAGAGAGAUUGAUAAAGGUACCCAAUUUUGAAGUCAGUGGUUUAUUCAAAGAUUACGAGUUUCAUUUGGUUCAGUCGCUGGAUACAUCUUUGACGGUGAUGAACGCCUUGUCUUUGAAUUACUGGCUUUCUAAGUUUGUGUAAGAGGCAGCGAAAUCUUCCCCCGUAAUAUUGACGGCAUCCGUCGAAGCCUUGCAGAGAAAAAGACCGGUGAUGAUUUAAAUUUGCUGAGUACUUUGGAUAACAGGUAGAGUUUUGGUGGUAAUUAGCCGCCACAUCUUUUCUGUAGAGUUCACAGUGCCCAUUUUAGAUUCUUGUCUUUCUUGGUUGUACUAAACGUUAACCAUGUUUCUUUUCUGUUUUCUAGGGUUUAGAAUCUUUCGUAAAGCGCUUGAUGCUGAAAUGAAGGAUGGAACAAGGGCUGGAGUCACUCUUAAAAACAAGAAAGAAGAGAAGGUGCCGGUCACAGAAAAUGAAGAACAAAAGUUCUGA